AGUGCGUAAUAAAAUAAGUUGUAAAUUCUGCAAGUAUUUUAUUCAUACGCUGAAAAUAAACAUCAUAAUGCCAUUUAAGGUCUUUAAAACUGCCGUGCGGACAAUCGCUUGGCUGAUUUCGUGUUGAUUUGAGGCACAUGACGGUACAGAUCACCAACUACGCAAAACAGCCAACCACCAUGGGUGUGCCAAGUAGUAAUGUGAUUCUUCUCCUGAUCGUCUUCGCUAUCGUUGUGCCUUCAAGCCAGUCGGUCGAUAUCAGUGAUGUCGAUGGAAGUCUCGACGAAGUUAUGGAGUUUUUGGAGGAGUAUAACUCGACCGCAGAGAUGGUAUAUUUUGAAUCGUCGUCUGCAAGCUGGGCCUAUUAUACAAACCUGACAGAUUACAAUCAAGAAAAAUCGGUUGAAGCCAGUCUAAAAGCUUCGGCUUUUAGCAAGAAUUCUGCGAUGAGGGCUCGCGAGUUCGAUGAUGUCAAGGAUAGUUUUCCUGAAGACGUCCAACGUAUACUUGGUUUUAUAGCCGACAUCGGCGUAUCUGCACUCGACAACGACACCGUACAGGAGUACAAUGAGAUCAUGGGCCAGAUGAAUAGGAUAUACAGCUCUACCCAAGUGUGCCGACCCGACGAUCCAUCGGACUGUCUCAACCUUGAACCGGGUCUCGCAAAGAUUAUGGCGACCUCGACGGACUGGGAUGAACUAGUGUGGGCGUGGCAGGAAUUCCGUAAUAGCGUAGGGAGACCCAACAAGCCUCUUUACGCAGAUUACGUGGAUAUCGCUAAUCAAGGAGCCAGAGCGAAUGGGUAUGAGGACCUGGGUGAUUCGUGGAGGUCGGGAUAUGGUGACGACCUCGAGACACAAGUUUAUGAACUCUACAAUGCUAUUCUACCACUGUAUAAGCAGCUUCAUGCUUAUGUCAGACGAAAGCUGAAUGGUAUCUACGGAUCAGAUCACGUGCCCCUCACCGGCCACCUCCCGGCCAAUGUACUAGGAGACAUGUGGGGACGAUUCUGGACGAACAUCUAUCCACACGUUGUGCCUUACCCUGAUCUACCUAAUAUUGACGUAUCUGAUGAAAUGGUCCGACAGAAUUACACAGUAGACAAGAUGUUCAACAUGGCAGAUGAAUUCUUCAGCUCCAUGGGCCUAUAUCCGGCCAAUAAUGCAUUCUGGAAUCAUUCAAUGUUCGAGAGACCCGAUGAUGGUAGGGAUGUGGUAUGCCACGCCUCAGCAUGGGAUUUCUCCAACAGAGUAGACUUUAGGAUUAAGAUGUGUACAGAGGUAAACAUGGACUACUUUUUGACAGUUCACCAUGAGCUUGGACACAUCCAGUAUUAUUUGAACUACAAACAUCAACCGGUAUCCUUCCGCGGGGGAGCUAACGGCGCGUUCCACGAGGCCAUUGGGGAAUUGAUGUCACAAUCGGUAGCCACGCCCAAACAUUUGAAAGUGGUUGGAUUGUUUGACGGAGAAGAUGACGCAAUGGCAGUAACAAAUACGGAUAUAAACUUUUUGCUUAAGAUGGCGCUACCCACGAUCGGAACCCUUCCAUUCAGCUUAGCUUUAGAGCAAUGGAGAUGGGAUGUAUUUAGCGGGAAAACAGACGUCAAUGCGGGAACAGCAAGAUGGUGGCAACUUAAGAAUGAUCUGAUCGGAGUCAAAGCUCCCGUUGAAAGAACUGAAGAAGAUUUCGAGGCCGGUGCCAUGUAUCACAUCAUCAUAUCGUAUCCAUUCAUUGGAUACUACAUUCGGACUAUCAUUCAGUUCCAGUUUUACCAGUCUCUUUGCCAGUCAGCAGGACACACGGGACCACUCCAUAAAUGCGACUUCUAUGAUUCCAAAGAAGCCGGGGAUAAACUUGCUGCAAUGUUAUCAAUGGGCUCAAGCCGCCCGUGGCCUGAAGCAAUGGAGGCCCUCACCGGUCAGAGAGAGAUGAAAGCAGAUGCCAUCUUGGAAUACUUUCAGCCACUGAUGGAAUGGCUGGAGAACAUUAACGAAGAGAACGAAGAUGUGAUUGGAUGGGACGGGCCAAUGAUGACUACUCAAGAGUCUACAACAGCUGGAGGUCCAUCUGCGCUUGGAGGAAGCAGCGUUUUGAUGAUCUGUUUCUUCGCCCUCAUAUCAAAACUGAUAUAAUUAGCUCCAACACACCAUUUCUUUAAGGGGAAACGUGACAAUUUGUUUGGCAAAAUCAAGAAUUAAAUAGGAUUUUUUAACGAAAAUAUGCCUAUAAGAUUCAAAGGAUACCUUAUCUUCCGCUUUCCCCUAUGUUUCUCAAGUUGUCUAAAGUCAACUCUAGUUCGUGACUAUUUUGCGGAGAUAUAUUUUUAAAGUCCGUGUGUGAGGUCCUUGCAAAUAAAAAACAUGGGUGGCAAUUAUUUGCAAAUAUUAAUUGUACUCUAAAUAGAACAAGUCAAAAUACAAAAAAUCCUUUUUUACUGUUCGAUGUAAGAAACCAAUUAGGACCCAAUUGUCAAUUCGCAGUUGAUUGCAAGUUUUCUGAUUGACUCUUUAUCAUUAAAUUUACUUGCAACUGAUAUCAAGCUUAAUGCAAUCGAAGGAGGUGCAGAUAUGUCUACCCCCCAAAAAAAAAAAAAAAAAAAAAAAAACUGUGAUCCUCACAACACGAUUUAAUACUUUUUUUCUUCUAAGAUUCAAACAUAUUUAGAUAAUAUUGCGAGUAUGACUAUGCAAAUAAAUGAUUUUUAUACUAUUACAGUAAACAUUUAACAUUACAAAA